AUGCUUGGUGAAAGAUUCAGCCCUUCUUCCCGAAACCCCCAGACUAACGAACCUAGCCCGUUCUCCCUCCCCCCGUACAACAAGACAGCAACUGCGACGACAGUAAUGGACGAAAACGACCGCUCUAGCGUUAGUGACAACGACUCAGUGCAUAGCCCACAGAGUCGAAAUGAAGCCGCUUCCAUUCAUCCUUCUAGCGCUGAUGAUAAGCCUAAGCCUGCUCCAGGCAAGAAGACUCGCGGACGAGUCAAGAUCGAGAUGCAAUACAUCCAGAACAAACUCCGCCGAUACACCACCUUCUCGAAGAGAAAAUCUGGCAUUAUGAAGAAAACCUGUCUCCACACACCUGAUCCACCACCCCAGGCAUCUGAAUAUGACAUCAGAAUGUCCGCUACAGGCUAUGAGGAGACCGAAUUGGGAUAUGGUUUGAGUGAUGAAGAAGCUUUCAAGCCAAUAAGGAUAUUGAUGGCAAUAAGAAAAACUGACUGGGAUAUUCUUAAAGAAGCAACGCUCACAAACACCAUAUUUUGGAAUGGUAGGCGAAGAUGUAGAGAGAGAAGGUUUAAAAAAAAAACACCUUUAAGAGCUGCAAGAGCGUUAUGUUAUUUCACAAAAGGCUACGAGGGGACUAUAGAAAGUGCGGUGUGUGGUGGUGUAUUUAAGGAAGAUCAUGAUGAGAUGGUAUUAGUCAGAGGGUAUCGAGUUGUACUCUCUAUGUGGAAAUCAUCUUGUACUUUCUAUGGCAAGUAUCUGUUGGGUAUCUACCAAAAGGAAAAAGUACUAGGGCUCAGUAAAAUUGCACGAAUUGUUGAAAUAUAUAGUAGACGACUUCAAUUACAAGAAAGGCUGACAAAGCAAAUAGCAGAGGCUAUCAUUGAAGCCAUUAACCCUAGUGGUGUGGGUGUUGUUGUCGAAGCAACUCAUAUGUGUAUGACAAUGAGAGGUGUUAGUAAGACAUCAAGUAAAAAAGUGACUAGUUCUAUGUUGGGAGUGUUCAGAGAUGAUCCCAAAACAAGAGAGGAAUUCUUGGCACUUACUGGUCACACAGCACGUUGA